AUGCGAAAGUUUCAUUAUUUACCCACGAGUCAAGUUCUAAACAAGCUGCUAGUGUGCGCGUGUGCCUAACGGUAAACGCCGACCAAUAGUGAACGACAAGUCGAUGCCUGGACACUGUCGCUUUGAGUUUAUGACUGACAGGGUCAAAGUUGAAGCCAGAUGCGAUGAUAGCAAGGAGAUUACCUGGAGUUUCUAACGUACGGAUUAUUUCAGUUGGUGGAUGUGAUAGCAUGGGGUGGAAGGAUGUCGUGUAGUUCGUUUAACAUUCCGUUUCUAUGAGUAGUAUAAAUAGAAAUUUAAAAUCCAAAAUGUUGUGGCGUGGUGGCAAUAACUGAUACAGUAUAUAUACAUAUCUAUGAUAUUGCCUUCCUUAUAUUAUUUGUGUUGUUCAUUUACUGUUAUCUAUCAGUGAGGAGUGUCUGGUUAUUGAAGUCAGAAGUGGGAUGUGUUGUUGUAAAUAUAUUAUAUUAUACUCUAGAUUAGAAAUUCAAAUACUAGUGUCAGAAGUUGGAUAGCACUUCGGAGAAAAAGAUUUCUUCAAGUUUUGGAUGUUGACGGAACAUCAAGAGACUUUAAUCAGCAUGGGUACAUUGCGUGACUUACAGUUAGCUUUGCAGGAGAAAAUAGAGGAGUUACGCCAAAGAGAUGAACUUAUCGACGAGUUGGAGAUGGAACUCGACCAAAAGGAUGCUUUAAUACAAAAGUUACAAACACAGUUGGAUAAAUACCGGUCUAUUUUAAAACCUGCCACUCAGAACACUGUUGUCCAUAGCCUUAAUAACCAUGGUGGCCCAACAACACAGGUUAAGGAACGUUCUAAAAGAACGGCCAUAUCCGCUGAACCUGCGAACUUUAACACGGUACAAGUUUUGGACAGUAAAACGGCCUUCGUGGCUAAAGCUCAAUCUUCUAAAGAAUUAAUACGACAGGCUAUUUUAGACAAUGAUUUUAUGAAGAAUUUAGAUAUGGGUCAGAUUAGAGAAAUUGUUGAAUGUAUGUAUCCGGUAGAGUUUACUAAAGACAGUAUCAUAAUAAAAGAAGGAGAUGUCGGUUCUCUGGUCUACGUUAUGGAAGAUGGCAAAGUAGAAGUAACAAAAGAUGGUCAAAAACUAUGCACCAUGUCACCAGGCAAGGUGUUUGGAGAAUUAGCCAUCUUAUAUAAUUGUACUAGAACAGCUACUGUUAAAGCUUUGCAAGCAUGUAAACUGUGGGCUGUAGAUCGACCAUGUUUCCAGAGUAUAAUGAUGCGAACUGGUCUCCUAAGACAUUCUGAACACCUUGAAUUUUUACGCAGCGUUCCUACAUUCGACGGUCUUCCAGAAGAAACACUUGGUAAAAUAGCUGAUGUUUUAGAAGAGGCUCAUUAUAAUAAUGGUGAAUAUAUUAUACGACAAGGUGCUAGAGGUGAUACAUUCUAUAUUAUAGCAAAAGGCAAGGUGCGUGUAACAAAACGCAGCUCUAAAUCACAAGAUGAAGUUACUAUGAGAUAUUUACAGAAAGGAGACUUCUUCGGUGAACGUGCCUUACAGGGAGAAGAUGUACGAACAGCUAACAUUAUAGCACAUGAAGCUGAAGGUGUUGAUUGUUUAACAAUCGAUCGAGAAGCAUAUUCCCAACUCAUAAGCAAUCUUGAUGAUCUCAAACGAAUUUAUGAAGACGACGAAGAAAAGCUGGGAAUUGAUUCCGAGUACGCCAAAAUUAAACUCAGCGAUUUGCAUGUACUCUCUACGUUAGGAGUGGGGGGUUUUGGUCGAGUUGAAUUGGUUCAAAUAAACAACGAUCACAGUAAAGCCUAUGCCUUGAAAAUAUUAAAGAAACAUCAUAUAGUAGAAACGCGACAACAAGAACAUAUCAUGAAUGAAAAACGUAUAAUGAGUGAAGCUAGAUGUGCCUUUAUAGUUAGAUUACAUAGAACUUUCCGAGAUAGAAAAUAUUUAUAUAUGUUAUUGGAAUCAUGUUUAGGUGGUGAAUUAUGGACAGUUCUUAGAGACAAUAAAGUACAUGAAAACGAGAAAACAGGUUCAUUUGACGAUAAUACGACAAGAUUUUACACAGCAUGUGUUGUAGAAGCCUUCAACUACCUCCACAGUCGAGGUGUUGUCUACCGUGAUCUCAAACCAGAAAAUCUUCUAUUGGAUUCUAAUGGUUACGUCAAACUUGUUGAUUUUGGUUUCGCUAAAAAGGUUGGUCACGGUAAAAAGACGUGGACAUUCUGUGGUACUCCUGAAUACGUGGCGCCUGAAAUUAUCUUAAACAAGGGUCAUGAUAUAUCAGCUGAUUACUGGUCUCUUGGUAUACUCAUGUUUGAAUUACUUACUGGAAGCCCACCAUUUGCAGGCCCAGAUCCAAUGAAAACCUAUAACCUCAUAUUAAAGGGCAUUGAUGCAAUAGAUUUCCCAAGGAAAAUCACCAAAAAUGCGCAAAUAUUAAUAAAAAAACUAUGCAGGGAUAAUCCCAUGGAGAGAUUAGGUUAUGGUAGAGGUGGUAUUAGAGAAAUACAGAAACAUACAUGGUUUGAAGGAUUUAACUGGGAUGGAUUAAGAAACCGUUCAAUGAAACCACCGAUAUCACCACAUAUUAAAUCGCCAAUAGAUACAUCGAACUUUGAUGAUUAUCCUGAAGAUGAGGACGGUCCACCUCCAGAUGAUUUGUCCGGUUGGGAUAAAGACUUUUAAAGUUAUAUCAGAUCGGAUGUGUUUGGUGAACCAUAGUUAAUGAAUUUUUAAAGUCAUUCUGAAAAAAAUUAUAAAGAUGUGGUGCAAUUUUAACCCCAUAGUCAUUUAAACAGGGAGGGAAGAAAUACGUUAGUUUCAAUAAUGUAGACAAACUCCCGUACGAGAAACAAUUUUAUUUAUAUUGUCUUUUCAUAUGUAUAUUUUUAAAUGAAGAUAAUUACCUCAGCUAUCGUACUGAUCAAAGGUUUGAGAAAGAAUUGGAGAAUGAAUUUUAAAAUGGUGGAUCUGUUAUUUACGGCAAUCGAAAAUGAAAACAUGACAAGUACACGACUGGUUCCGUUCGUUUAAAAUUGGUGUGAACAAACCGUAAAGUGUAUGUAAAACUCUGUGAUAGACAUUAAGAUUUUCCACAGAUUGAAUAAUAAAACAAAAAGUGUUGUGAUAUUUGGAUAUUCUUGCUGGUGUUGGGGCAGAAUAACAGUUAAGGUGUCAUUGUGUUCAUGCAUAUAAGUAUAUUUGAUGGUAUUGAAGAUAAAAGCGGGAAACCUAAGACUGAUUUAGAUAUUAAUAAAGAAUGCGUAUUAUUUUUGAACUAACCUAUCUACGCAAUCAGUAUUUACGUGCCUUAAGUAUGGAAUAUUACCGUUUUGUCCAGAUUGCUUAAUUAAAGGGGGUUAACUCCUAGGUGAACGUAGGUCUGGUAAAAAAAUAGUCUCUAUCAUCCAGAAAAAUAUUCUACGAAUAUUAGUCUGGACAGGUUGUCAACAUUUGAGAAAAAUUGGCUAGAUAAUCCGGUCUUUCACAUUAUCAUAAACAAUGUCUAAGGGAGGUAACUCCUCUUAAAACAAGAUGUUUACGCCCAUGAAAUUAAUUUAAGAAUGUCAUUUCAAAAAAUCCAUUUGAUUGCAUGCGAGUUUAAUAUCUAUCACUCUUAAUUUUUUAUUGUAAAAUUUCCCUCUUCAUGGGCCAUAUCUAUGCUUUUAAAAUUAAUCCUAAUUCGUCGUCACGAUUCAUGUUUAUAUUAAUGCAAGAAUUAUGGGAUUUAUUGUGGGAAGGGGCGCAACUCUUACUUGACUUGGCUAAAGAGACUGGAUAAUCAACCACAUUAAAAACCAAACUCCCGGUUACGCAUGGGCAAUGGACUUUACGUCAAAUAUUGACAACCUUCCCAGACCCUCCGUAUGUUGAAGACUAGGAGGUUCUGGGUGACCGAGACUAGUAAAAAAAAGGGGGGGAAUCACGUAUAUAUGAUCAAAUAUAUCAGAAAUGUUUAAUAUAUAUAUAUCCAGGUCCUAUUUAUGUUUCGUAUUUCAUUCUUAUAUUAUUCACUAAGUAGUUAUCUAUGGCCAUGUUCUUUUUACAUGGUUUAUAAUACCGUGCACAUUAUUGGAGACAUAAUGCUGUCAGGCAAAUAUUAUUCCUAACUUUCUUUUUCAUGGAGUAUGAUCAGUAUUUUUUCAGCAAUAUUAUAUGAGAUUGUGCACAUAUUGAAUUAGGUUUAGACAUUUCUAAAAAAAAAGGGCAUUUUCAAAAUUUGAUUAAAAUACUCCCACAACGAUUGGGGACUAGUUGGAGGCUUUCAUUAUAUAUGCUGAAGGCCAGCACUAUUCUGUUUAAGGCGGAUAUUUUAUGGGUUUUUUUCUAUUUUAUUGUUCUCAUAUCAGUCUAUGUUAAGUUGUAUCUCUAGGCAAACAUUAAGAUAGAAAUGCCCGUGAGAAAUACAGAUAUAUUUCUUGAUUAUGGUAAUUCAGAAUGACACGUGAUAUAUAGGAAGAUAAUUAUGAAAUUACAUUACACUAUACAAACAUUAAUACAGCUGUAUUUUAGCUAUAUUUACACCCAAUACCAUUAUUCUCUCAUUAUUCCAUUAUUUGGUUCAUUUAUAUUUUUUCGUGUUUUUAAAGAUGUGUGGCACGUGAAGAGGCCUUUACGGUACCCUCUAGAAUGAUUUGACUUCUGUUAUAUCCCGCAUAUACGUGAGUGUAACCCUUUACAAGAUUCUAAUUGGCUGUUUUCCUUUUUAAAAAAAGUGAGGCUUUACAGUAAGCUUAUGCGUGUAUAAGUCUCAGGCUGAAUGGGGAAAAAAGAACAGCUCGGUUUACUGAGGGUAUAUUAAUUUAUUUGACAAAAAACGUUAUAAUUGUCUCAGUGUUCUUUCACCAGAUUGAUGAAUUGUAACUUGUCCUGUUAAAAUACUUAAUAUUAUAAAGAUGAAUAAAUAACUGACAAAGUAUAAGUGACAACUGCUAUAUACAUGUAUAUAGAUAUAACCAGAGCCUUAUAUAUAGAUAAGGCUCUGGAUAUAACCCUUGUAGUAUGUAAUUGUUAAUUGUUUGAAGAUGGAUGACUGAUUAUUAUAUAAUAAUAAUAAUAUUACUACUAAUAAUAAUAAUAUAUUUUCACAAAUCAAAAGAAAUAUUUUUAUUAAUGUGUUCAGUGUUGUAAAUACAGGUACAUAUUUGCAUAUUUUAAUUUAUGUUAUAUAAUUGUCAGAAUAAUAACCGCCUUGCUUGCGGUCAUGCUUUAUUAAUUGAUGAAUAAUGAAUUAAUCAAUUUUAUUUAUUUUUAGUAAAGGUAACUAAAAAAAAUGGUUUAUUAUUUUUUUUUUUAAAUUUUGGUUUCGUCUCAAUGUGUUUAUUUGUGUGGAAUAUUUGUCAUCUAUUUGUAAAUUUAAGGGGUGAAUAAAAUUGUUCGCUUACGGUGCAUUUAAUGUAUUUAAGAGACGAUCGAAUUUUAAUAUGCCUUAACAAUAUAUCACGUUAUAGUGUUUAUCAGACAGUUUCAGGCUAGGUAUACAUACGUAUAAAUUUUAAUAUAAGUUGUGUAUAGUUCUCUUUUUACCUGACAAAUCGGAGAUGGAAAUAAAAAAAUAUAAAAUAUAACAAUAUUGGUGUAUCAAU